GCCUACCUGUCUGUCUGUCUGUCUGUCUGACUGACUGCCUGUCUGUCUGUCUGAUAUUAUAUGUAGAUUGAUUUCUUUUCUUCCUGAACAGGAGUGUGUUUAUCAUGAGUUAUUAUCACCCAGUGUAGAGUGACUGAAGGUUUGCAGAACUACAAGCCCUGGGUGUCUUACACACGGCGUGACGUCACACAGCGUCAGCUGAGCUUCCUGGUGCUCAGCAGAGGAGAAGUGAAACACUGCGAGCUGAACUUCUUAACCAAACAGAGAGGAGGCAAAAACAUGGUGUAAAAUGUGUCUCAGGUAAGCAGCAAUAAAGGCGCCCUGUUGUUCGGACGGUGAUUAAAGCGCGUCGCCAUGCUGUAAGCCAUGGACAGCAGAAUCCGUGAGAAUCCAGAAAGGACGUUUGACUUGGUGUUGCAAAUCGCAUGUCCAUCGUCUGAGAAUGAAGAUCCGACAGUGCUGUGGAAGUUCCCCCAGGACUUUGGAGACCAGGAGGUCCUGCAGACGGUUCCCAGGUUCUGUUUUCCAUUUGACGUAGAAAGAGUGUCCCAGAAUCAAGUUGGCCAGAACUUCACAUUUGUGCUGACUGAUAUCGAGAGCAAGCAGAGGUUCGGGUUCUGCCGUCUCACCUCAGGCUGUAAGGUGUGCAUCUGUCUGCUCAGCUAUCUUCCCUGGUUUGAGAAUUACUACAAGCUGCUAAACACCCUGGCAGACUACUUAUCCAAACACCAGGAAAACGAUCUGAAUGAUUUGUUGGAGAAGCUGUACAGGCUGAAAGUGCCAAAGCCCGACACAGCCGUAACUCUGAGCGUGCACUUGCACUUUGUUGCCCCAGAUAUUACCGGACUUCCUACCAUCCCUGAAAACAGGAAUCUAACGGAGUACUUUGUGGCAGUGGAUGUGAAUAACAUGCUCCACCUGUAUGCCAGCAUGCUGCAUGAGCGGCGCAUCAUCAUUACCUCCAGUAAACUUAGCACUUUAACUGCAUGUGUGCAUGGCUCAGCUUCCAUGCUCUACCCCAUGCACUGGCAACACAUCUACAUCCCUGUUCUUCCCUCACACCUGCUGGACUACUGCUGUGCACCCAUGCCGUAUCUGAUUGGAGUUCAUCUGAGCCUGUUAGAGAGAGUGAAGAGCAGGUCUCUGGAGGACGUCAUUAUUCUAAACGUGGAUACGAACACGCUCGAGAGUCCUAAUGAUGACCUGCACAACCUGCCCAGUGAUGUGGUCUCGAGUCUGAAGAGUAAGCUGAAGAAGCAGUCGACUGCCACGGGCAGCGGAGUGGCUCGGGCCUUCCUGCGCUCUCAGGCUGCACUGUUCGGCUCUUACCGAGAUGCUCUGAGAUACAAACCCGGAGAGCCGAUCACCUUCAGCGAAGAGAGCUUCGUGGCACACCGCUCCAGUGCCAUGAAGAGUUUUCUAGAAAUGGCCGUGAACCUCCAGCUCUUCAAACAGUUCAUUGAUGGCAGACUGGCCAAAUUAAAUGAAGGAAGGGGUUUCACAGAUGUCUUUGAAGAAGAGAUCACAGAGGGGGGCUUUUGCGGAAGUAAUUCUAGAUCUUAUCAACAGUGGAUGCAUACUGUGAAGAGAGGUGUGAAUAAAGCAAGUCCAGCUGUGAAAUCUGCUUAUAAGAUUGCAAAAGUUCAUGCAAAAAAAGGAUUACGAGGAGUGAAGGACAAGAUGAAACUUAAGGACACGGAGGAGGAGGGGGGUCUGUACUGUACAGGUUCUCCCACCAGCACCAAAAGUCUCUCACCGAGAAGGCUCCAGAAGAGAAGGGUGAGUGAAACUGGCAUUAAUGGAGCUUGGCUGUGGGACAUGGACUUGCAUUUGCAACUGAUUUCUCAGUACCAGCAUCAAAACUACCAUACGUAUAUCAGCUUUCCGGACUAUCCUAUUGACAUGGAAGAUGAACUGGACACAGCCAGCAAAAUCUCCUCUGAGGACAGUGAGGAAGUGCCAUUCUACAUGGUGGACAGUGACGACUCGUGCGAAUUCGAGCACGAUGCAGGUCAGACAGGCGAAAUGAAUUUGCUGGAAGAAAUCCUAGAUUCACUCAGCACCACCACGUUAGAUCAUGGUUCAAAGCUCUCCUCAGCCAAGAGCCUUGACUUUUUCCGGUCUAUGGAUGAGCUCGACUGCUGUACCACGUCUCUAUCUAAGACUAGUCCAGUUCAAACUGGUGAAGUGGGCAUGGCCACCAGUGGAGAUCAGAGUGGAUGGAACAUGGGGCAGGAUGACAGCGCCAUCAAUGGCAAGCACCUCCCUCCUUCUCCUCGUCGCCAGUGCAGCACCCGCUCGCUGCCAGAUUCUACCAAACCCAGCGAGACCAUUUCAGACAUGAGGAAUUCUCUCAUGAUGCCUCCCACUCAGCCUCUGGCAUGCAAAUUGGUUACGAAUGCCAGCCCUUCUGUCUAUCUAGAGCUUCCCUCGGACCUGAAGCUGAGCCCAGAGAGUCAGGUGACGGAGGGCUCCAGUGGCCUGAGGAGGAAAGUCCUAUCCAAAGAGACUCUGAGGCACUACCAAGAGCGUUCACAGCAAGGGGGAAGCAACAGGCAGCCUUCACUGCUUAUUCCUUGGGAAAUAGAAAACAAAGGCAAUAGAGAAGAAGGGGAGGCCAAGGUUCAGGAACAAGGCUUGCUGGAGGAAAUUGAGUGUCGUCUCAGUGCGGCUUUGAACUCUAACUUGUAACCCAUGCCAGACCACAACAGUACAGUACAGCGUAGGCCUGAGAAUUUCAGCCUCCUCCUUCUUCUUCCUUUCUUUCCUGUACACCAUAAUCAUUCUGUAUCAGAGCCACUUUUGUAUCGUUUGCUAAAUUUGACUUGUGUUUAACAAUUGUUUUAUAAAUGGGUAUUGGAAUGUUUGUUUGGCAAAAUGAUUAGUUAUCAUAGGUGAUUGUACGGGGAAGCACAGCAGCAGCACAGCGGGUUGCAUUUCUGUCUCACAGCUUCAGGAUCCCUGGUUUAAUCCUGAGCUCUGGUUACUGUGUGGAGUUUUGUUCCUUUUCUUCCUGUCUUCCUGUAUGGGUUUCUUUUGGGUUCUCCAGUUUCAUCCAACCUCCAAAAAAAGAUAAUUCAGAAAAUUCAAUCUUAGGUUUAAAUAAAUUGCUCAGUGUUCACACGGUGCCCAGUGGUGGACUGGCCGCCCGUCCUGGGUACAGUAUAUAAGUUGUAUAAGUGCUUACUCUACGUGAGCGAGGCGAUUCCAAGCCAGUAAUUUGCACUUCCAAACAGGUACAUUAAGUUAAUCACUGUAAAUCAAAAUUUUUAGAGAAUGAGCUUAUGUCCACAUAAUAUAUUUUUACAAAAGUCUAUUUUUGAACAAGACAGUACGCCUUAAAGGUAUUUCUGAUUUGCUUCUGGUACUAUGCAGUGUUCAUUAACUGUGAAUCUCUGUGCUCUAUGGACUCAUGCUGCCUUCGAUGUCUGUAGCUUUAGGUCAUUCUUACUCCUCAGUUAUGUUGUUUUUUUGUUGUUGUUGUUGUGGUGUACAUGUAUAAUUCAGAAGUAACAGCACAUUUUGUUACAACGUACGUGUGGUUCGUUUCCCAAGACUAUUCUCAGGUCGGUGUUUUCUGCAAAUACAUCGUGACCUUUGCUGCACAGCAUCUAAUGCACAAGAAAGCCUUGUAUUUUUCUUUUAGUACACUUGCCUCUAAAGCACAUGUCAGCUGAGCUGGAGGUGAACACAGGUAUGUAUAGUGAAAACAUGAUCCUGGUUUCCUCAUCACUGUAUAGCCAGGACGUUUUUUUUUUUCUUUCUGUAUGGUCAAGUCAUCAAACCCUGUAUUUGUGUGAUAGUUCACCGCCAGAGUUUGUUAGAUACUGUUAUUCUGAAUUGUUUCAAUUUUUACAUUAAAACUAAAUAUUCUACUAUAUUAUGACCCAUCAUGUAAAAGUGGUAUUACUUAAUGGUGGUAUUUUUUUGUGUAUGUCGAUGAAAGUUAAUCACCCGUAAAAUAACCAAGCAUGUUCCUGACACAGCUGGUUUGCAUGCAGUGAUCCCCACAAACACUCCUGAAAAACCGGUGUACAUUAUUUUGACUCAGUGCUGUGCCAAUAAAAAUAUUACAGAACAUAAUGUUAAUGAUAAAAAAGUGAUUUUAUUAUAAAAAAAUAUGGAAAAUAUUCAGCUGAACGAUUUGAUUGAGGAUUAUUUAUUAUUAUAUAUUAUUAUUAUUAUUUUUCAAAAUGGCAGGAUUUUUACGAACACCAGUAUACAUCCGUACAAAACAAUUUAUGAGUGCGAUUUAUUUAGUGCAAAACUACAGAGCCAAAUAUCUGAAUGUUAAAUUUUAAAUAACAUUGUUGUUGUUGUUGUAACAUUGUGCACAUCAUUGGUACUGAAAAUUCAAAGUAGUAGUUAAUUAUGCAUAAAGAUGUCUGAAAUGUUGGAAAGUCAAGAGUUCGAACCCAUCACCAAGCCACUACUGCUAUACAAAAUAAAAGGUGGUGUUUGCUCUAAAUAAAGGUGUCUGUCAGUAAAAGUCUAGCAGCACUAUAUUAGGUGUUACAUUUAUUCUGUUCAUUUUUUUUUUUUCUAAUUGUGUUAUUUUCUAAUUGUUGAAAGUAAAAAUUGUUGUUACGGAAUAAGGAAAGACUUUUUUCUAGUGAGAGGUUUCAGUAUUAUUUGAGUGGGAAAAGUAGUUUGGUUAAUUAACUUCAAGCAGUAUGGAUGUGCCUUAUUAACUGAAUGUAACUCACGGUGUUCCUUAAUCAAUCCCUCCAUUCAUAUAUACUGUAUUUUAUUAAGAAUGACAUCAUGGCAUUACACUUGUUCCCUUCUAUCCUGAUGUCUCUCCCAGAAUGACUCCGCCCACAUACACAAGGACUCUCACUGAGUGCGUUGAUGAGUAUGAAAUGAUAAAUCAUCAUAUGCUAUGUUGUGAAAUUGAGCACUUAUCAUAACCACCGUCAUCAAAAAUAGCAGCUGAGGACAAAGCUUUAAGACGAGAGGCAUUCCUCUGUCCAGAAACGUGUCGAAUCUAAUGCACAGAUGACUUGAAGCUGUUAUGGGAGCUUAAAGAGUUUCUUGGUUUUUCAUUUCAUUAUCAUCUCAUUUUUUAAUUCAACUGUCAGUAUCUGAAAAAAAAAUAAAGCUCAUUUUGUCAUUUGUAUUAAUAUUUGCACUUGAUCAGUUAAAUAACUAAGAGUUUUCAAUUAUGCAUAUCUGCAUAUCACUACAACCCAGUCUCACGGCUGUGAGACUGGGUUGAUCACUAACACGGUGUUGGGUCCUUAUUCUUCUGGUUUUAACACCACAGAAGUUUUUAUGGAACAUAAUAAUCAAAUGGCAAAUAUGUAAAUGAUUCCUGGUAAUUAUUUAACAACACUAGACACCAUGUGGGUGGCAAAAACCUUUCAAAAGGAAAUAUCAUCUUUGAUAAAACUGGUGAUGUCAUCUUAAUAAAAUUGAGAGACACUGUUUUUUAGAUUGUCAUCAUACAUGCAUCUUACUUUUUUUUUUUUUUUAAAUGCUAGAUCUAUUUCUAAAAAAAAAUCUGUUUCAGGAAUGUGCUUUAUUAAAAGAAAAACGAUUUUAUUUCUCGGUCAUAUUAUUCGAGUAUCUUUGUUCUGAGUAUGAAAGCUUUUACUAAUUGGAAACACUUAUAAUGUAUAAUUGCUUGCCAAAGGAUAGCAUUAAGCCCUCUACAGACAGUAUACAUGGGGUCCUGGGUUCAUUUUCUAUAUUACUGGAGCUUUUUUUUUUUUUUUUUAACAGUGAUUUUUACUGGAUGUGUUGUCAUUUUUUCUCUUAAAGGAAAGUGACGGGUUGAAUUGAUUACAUAAUUAAUUCAGUUCAGUGGACAUCUGAUAAUUUGUGUAGAUUCACGUGUCCAUGAUUUUUUUAUGCAGUGUCUUCAAGCUGUUAAAAAAAAAAGUCAUUAAAAAAAGUGCCACAGA